AUGGGCUCGUUCAGAGAUACCAGAAACGCUUUACUUUUGGCUUACGACGAAGAUAUUAUUGAUGAUGAAGAAUUUGUGAUUUUGUAUGACCUAAAUACUUCAAAAAAUCCUUGUUUCCCAUAUGAAGAGUACGAUGAUUUUGAUUUGGAAGCCAUUGAUGCUGUCGAUUCAAAAGCCGAAUUUCGUAUGGAAAAACAUGAUAUACCUCUUUUAGCCGAAGUUCUUGGCAUACCAGAAAAGUUUCGAUGUCGGCAAGGAACAAUAUGCGACGGAAUUGAAGAUCUAUGCAUGUUGCUUAAACGACUUGCUUAUCCAUGUCGGUAUAGCGACAUGAUAGCUCGUUUUGCUAAACCAGUUCCUGUUUUGUGUAUGGUAACAAACACUGUAGUGGAUUAAAUUUAUGACCAACACCAGCAUCGUAUAACUGAAUGGAACCAAACUAUUCUGAAUCCUGUCAAACUGGAACAGUAUGCUGCAGCUAUCUCUGUAGGUUUGAAACGUACUUUAGAAGAUUGACAUGUUGCCAUUUCCAUGGUAACGUAAUGCAUGCAUAUUUUUAGGGUCUGUUAGUUUAGGGUUUCAUAUUUCAAUAUUGUGAACUAAGCAGAGCGAGAACGCUAAACAUUCUAUUGUGAAUUUAUACGGGCGAAUUAUCUAUUAUCUAUUCAAGUUUGGUGUGCGCCGACCAAAGUAAGUUACAUUUAUCUUGUUGUAAUAGUCAGUUCUCUAGUCUAGUCUAGUCUAAUCUAGUCUUCAAUCGCGUAUCAUGUUAAACAGCUCAUGCCGUAAUCUGUAAUUCUUUUCCUAAUUGUAUAGUUCGAACCCACAUUCCAUAUUCCUUAACCAUAUUCCAUAUACCAAUCUAUCUACCAAUACCUAUCAAACCUUAACCUCAAUCCCUAUCGAGCUAUCUCAACAACAGAACAUUGUAAUUAACUGGUAUUAAAGUUAUUGUUUGUGUAUGAUCGGUGUGUGUGGAGUUCGUAUUAUUGCUGCGCAUCAUACUUGAAUCGACUCUUGGACUUUGCGAAUUUCAACAAUCUGCCCAGAGAGUCUACAAUCUCAAGGAAGGGAGCAGCUUUAGAAAAUUGUUUCGGGUUUAUUGAUGGGACUGUCAGGUCUAUAUGUCGCGCUGGGAAAAACCAAAGGAUUGUUUACAACGGGCACAAGAGAGUACACACCAUCAAAUUCCAGUCUGUGACAUUGCCAUCCGAAAUGAUUGCUCAAAUGUUUGGGCCAUUAGGUAUGCGACUCAAUUUAUAAAUAUUUAAUCAAUACGUUUUUCAGAAAAUGCUGUAGAAAUUCUCAUGAUUUCACCCUGAUGGAAUAUAAAGUGAUACUCAAUACUGUUUCUCACCUUUUAGAGGGUAAACGACAUGAUGCAAGGAUGCUGGCAUGGCUCAACUACUGAAUCAUCUACAGGAAAAUGCUUAUUCACAAACUGGCGAGCCUUUGUGCUUGUAAGGAGACCCCGCCUACCCUCAUCGACUACACUACAGGCACCUUACAGAAAUGGUCAAAUUACACCUCAAAUGCAAGCUUUUAACAAGUCGAUGAGUUCUGUACGGGUAUCUGUGGAAUGGUUGUUUGGUGACAUUGCAAAUUAUUUUAAAUUUAUGGACUUCAAGAAGAACCUCAAAAUAGGAUUAAGUUCUGUUGGGAAAUUCUAUUUAGUAUCUGCUCUUCUUAGAAAUGCACUUACUUGUCUUUAUUAUAAUCAGACAUCAAAGUUCUUUGGAAUGGAACCUCCCACUCUAUAUGAAUACUUCCAGUAAAUAAGACUUUGUACAUGUACAUUGCUAUAAAUCCUCUGUAAAGGCCCUAUUCAUCUCAGGCACAAAAUAGUCAACCUCGUACCCAGGGUCCUCCCUCUUGGCUAAGGGAGAAAAGACCCUGGUAGAUGUUGGUUCAUGUGAUCUGCUAAACUCGACCAGAUUUUUACUUAGCAAUCCAAGAUGAGGUCAAUAAAUAUUUGAUAUUUGGAUGAUUUUUAUAGUUCAAUUUAUAAUUUUUAUUUUUGUAUGAUUGUUGUAAAGGAAUCCAAGAAAUCUGCUAGAUUUUUGCAGAUCACGUGACCAGGGUCUUUCUCCCCAAGAAUAUAAUUGAUUUAGCUGAAAGCAGGGAUGGAUCCAGCAUGAUCUGGUAGGGGGUGCUCUGUUGCUGACGUCCGAGUUGUGUCGGUCAUGUGUGCCGCCCGCCCAUCAACUAGUAUAUUUGAAUUGUAAUUGUUGUUCACAGUUCACUUAUCAUCUGAUCAUGUUAUUAGUCAAAUUACUGUAUCUCACUUUGUCUUUUUGCUUUAUCAUGAGAAAUAGCACCCCCUCUGGCAAGGGCUAGAUAAAUCCAUCCCUGCCUGAAAGACAGAUGCCCCAACCCAGCUACACUGUACACUUUAUGCAUUUUCAACACACUUAUUUUGAUAACAGGGGCAAGUAUAUUAAGUAAUAAAUUAAAUAAUUUCCUACCUGUUUCUCUGAUGGGAAUGGAAUUGGCCUUAUUUGGUGGUGGGUGGAGGAUUUGUGGUAUCUAAAACAAUUGCACUGUGUUUGUGAUAACAAUAAUUACUAAUUGUUCUUUGAGGCUACUAGUAUUUAAGAUCUAGUGUCUUUGUAAAUAUAACAAAUGUAAAUAGAAACAUACAUAUGUAUGAAUAUAACAAAUGUAAAUGCAAAUAUAAUAACAAUAUUACAGCUACUGUAUUUCCUUUAUUUACCCCCCUGGGUGAUUACGUUUUCUAGUAGCUCUGGACUGGGCUCUUGCUGGAAGGCUGGGGGCUAAAAAGAGGCUAGGGACUAAAUAAAUUUCCACAUUCUUUGAAAAUAAUAAAUUCCAGAGUUAUAAAUCAUUAGAGGGAACAUUUUCAUGCAAUUUACCAUUAUUUAGCCACAUCUCAGUGAACAUUGUUUACAUAGAUUGAGUUAAUCUUAUAGAAAGUUUGUAACAAACAAUGGGCCUGAAUAGAAAGAGGCGGCUUAUUUUCUUUUAGCACUUCCAGACAGGGCACUAACUAGGGUGGAGGGCGUAAAAGAGGUUGUGGGUUAAAUAGAGAAAAUAAGUUAUGUCGAUAUAAAUAUGGUACCGUUUUGGUCAAAAGUGUUAAUAGAUGCCUAACAACAAAGGCAAUAAUGUCACAAUAUAAACGACAAAGCCUGGUAUAUAAAACCCAUAACAUAACUGUAAAGAAAUGUUUCCCAUAACACAACUAAUUAUUGGUUUUCAAAACAGUAAAUUUUUAAUUUUUACCAAAUCUGGACAUCAUAGCAAGCAUCAUAGUUUGGAAGUCUUGCAUCUGCUUGCUUUGCUUUGCUUUGCUUUGCUUUGCUUUGCUUUGCUUUGCUGCUGCUGCUGCUGCUUCUGCUGCUGCUGCAUGACUAUGUUCAUUAAGUCAUCAUGUCUAUGUUCAUUAAGUCAUCAUGUUUUCCCCUUCCAACUCUAUUGUUUUUUUCUUCAGUUCCAUUUCUUCUUUUCUUAUUUCUUGCUGCAUUUCAUUCUUUUCUCUUAGGAACAGAAGUGUCUCACUCCCAUUUGACCUUUUCUUUUUUCGGCGCCCUUCGUUUUCUUUAUCACCUUUUCGUUUUUGGCUUUCUCCUAGCUUUUCCAUAGCUUUUUUUGGCAUGUCUUCUGCGCUUUGCUUUUCUUUCACCUUUAUAUGAGACUCGUAUUCCACUUGUUUUGCUGAAGCAUCUUCAAUUUCUAAUAUGUCUUCCAAAGCAUCUUCUACCUCAGUCAUAUCUGUGUCAAUGCCGCUUGCUCGUUCUUCUUCUCGUAAUUUUCUUUUAACUUUUUGUGAUAGAAGUGUAUACCUAUCCCUCACUGCUCUUGUGUCAAUUUUAAAUUUUGGGAUUUCUAUUUUCAAAAGUUAUCCACAAUCUCCUUCCACUUGGCCCCUCUUUGAACUGUUCCUUUUUUUGUCCCAGUAAAAGGGUCCACUGCCAGUAUUUACCGGCACAACAUCAGAUCAUGCUCUUCUGACCAAAACAUAGCCCUGUCAGGGUAAAAUAAAUACUUAAAUAUUUGUAGUGUAAUGGCAAAAAAUAAAAAGAAAUCUUCAUAGAUUCAUACACAUAUUUAAAUCAACACAAUUUGCAUGCAAAUUUACAAUAUAUGAUCCAUUAUUAAUAUACACUUAAUGUCUGCUCCCGAGGGUAAUAGUUAGUUUUGUUUUCCCGAGAGUCUCAUUUUGUUUUCCCGAGAGUCUCAAUGUCGUGUUUUGUUAUAUAGCGACGAACAAAAAUCAACGUCAACAACAUUCAUAUACAGCAAUUGUUUUUUGUGGCAAAAACUCUAUAGAGUAAACGAGUUUAAAAUUAAAGAACCUACUUAAACGGUUUCGGCAGCAUAUCCUGUUUCCUGUUCUGUAUUUUUCUUCCCUUUUACAUUCUUUAUUUGAACACAAACUUGGAAAAUCGUAGUUUCUAAAAAACUGAUAUGAUCGUUGAGAAUAUAAAUGAAAAAAGACGGCAUAUAAUUUUUUUAAUUAUCCUUUUUUAUUAUACUAAAAUAUUUAAUUGAAGUGGAAAGCAAAGUUAUAUUCAUGCGAGAAUUUGAAGUCAGUUUAUUUGAAACUCAUUAACGUUUACCGAUAAAAGGCAGUUCAUUUUUAAGAACAUUUUAAAACGUUUUGGGAAGCGUUUGUGGCUGAAUUUUGGUAUGUAUCCAUUUCCGAGUGCAUGCCUGUACUGUCAAGAAACAGUGUAUCCUAUAUGCAGAAUAAUCUUGAUGAGGUCAACACAUGGGCUGACAACAACCUAUAAUUAAUGAAGGUCAAUCCAAUGAAAUGUAAAUAGAUGUACGUCAGUUUCCUCAAAGAGCGACACAUUAUAGAACAUCUCAAUUUGAGGGACACCUCAUGAAAAUUGUUUUCCGUCAUAUAUAAAGUUCUUGGCUUGGUUAUUCAGGACCAAUUUUAAUUGGAAUGGGCAUAUUGCUAUGAUUGUAUAAAAAACCUCUAAGCGAAGAUUGACGAGUUGAGUUCAUUUUAGAUCAUUGUUACACUACACCCCUUUCCUCGAGUAUAUUCUGACCAAUAUUGCGAGAUCGUCCGGGCCGUGUGGGCAAUAGCUCAACAGGAUAAGAUCGAUGUCACUACACCAACAACAAGGUUACUUUUUAUCACAUAUAUAUUUUAUACUAAUGUGUGUCCUCGUGCGUAGCUAUUGAUAAACGCAUUCGCUCCCACUAACCACAGAUGACUCACUAACUGUUUCCUGACAAUGUCAUAUACAUUGUCUCUUCUUAAUUAAAUGACGGUAUUGUGCAUUGUUCAUCAAUGGUUUAUUGUGUAUUCCCAUGUGACGAUCACGUGCAACACUCGUGCAUAAUUCUAGUUUAUUAUUUCCGUGUAUAACGUAUCUCCCUCCUUUUGGUAGAAACCUCCUGGUUUUCAGUAAAUAUAGAUAUAAUAUGUUCUAGUUCGUUUCGUUAAUUGUCUUUUGGUUCAUCUGGUUCUUAAAACCUGAUCUUGGCGAAGUCUUGGUUUCUUUCGCAGAUCGGGACAUCUUCGCUACAAGUCUCCAUGUUGUAAUAUCCUUCCGUUUUCACGACCACGAGUGGUUGUUCAAAGAUCGUUUAAUUAAUUUCUCAUCAGUUUUCGUAUGUUCAUUGGCAGCAAAUGUAUACAAUUACUUACCCAAUUACUAAGACGUUUUAAAUUGACGUGAACCAAGACGAAAGUAAAGCGUUUUCGUGACAGGGAAUAGUCAACGAGACAACACAACAGAACACAACAAAUAACACAAAAGACUUUUUUUUUAAUUUCGCAACACAAGACAUAUAGUGGCAGACAAUAAUUCCUCUUAACCCUAUUUGUACCGGGGGUGCGCACAAAGAGCGCACCCCUAUAAAUAUUUAUCCGUCAUUCCUGAACAAAUGAUCCCAUUUGCCUGUGCUUUCAUGACUUCUAUAUUAAAUUUCCAUGUUCUUGGGGAUUUUAAUAUUUGAACUACAUAUGUUCUCUAUGUUGUUGGGUAUUAUUCUACUGUUCUCCAUGUUUUUGGAGAGGUCUGGUUAUAAAUAAUUUUGACCAUCCAGGGCUCGUAACUUGCGGCGACUAUAAAAAUGUCAGCCAUACUUGCCCUGCGAAAAAUUUUAUUCGAUUGUCAUCGUUUUUCAUGCGGCUCAACGAUGAUGUAUAUUAAUCGCAGUUGUAAUUUAUCAUUGAUCAAUUAUUCUCAUUACAUUCAAAACUGUUUUUGGCAAGAUUUUCCCUUUGCAAAAUGCCACCAAAAGGGAAAAAGCAACGCAAAAAACCUUCUACCGCGUCAGCUGAUGGUCCGUUAUCGCAGCGUAGUCGCCGUAGUUCGACCAUCAACGCUACAAUGGCGACGCGCAGUGCCAAUCAACCACCUUCAGUUAAUAUGGCACCGACGGCUUCUGUUCCUCCUGUUAGCGAUGCUGUUUCUACGGAGACUGUUUUGCAGCCCGAGGUUCUCCAGACGCUUGUGUCCACAGUGACUGACGAAGUAACGAAGUAACGAAGCAGCGUUCAGCGAAGCUUUUAACGAUGCUUCCCACUCCAGUGCUGGUGGCAUCAACUGAUCAUCAACCAGUCCAACAUGCAAGAGUCAAGUUCAAGCCAUAAUGUUCCAUCGCCACAAGGACAACAAUCCGAGGCAAACACUCUGGUAACUGGGAAAAUAGCUGCGGCUCAUACCAGCAUUUCAGGUGAGCCUAAGUUAUUGCCUACAUUAAAUAGUAAUAGCAAAGCAAUUCUGUAGAAUCUACCCAACUGUUCAGGCCAGUUCACCUAUCGAUUCCAGGGUCUCGGCAAAACUUAAGGGGAAAAUUUGGAAUGGGGAGUUCAUCGAUUUUGGCAGUUUGUUGAUCAAUACUAGUUGCGAUAAAUUUCGGAUUUCAUUCAUGCAUGAGUUCCGAAGCGGGUCUCCCAGCUUCUUUUUGUCUCGAACCACCUUCAAAGCCAAAGAAAAUUCUAAGUAUUGCGGUCUGGCUUCAGGCCUUUCACAUUUUUGUAAGUAUAUAUACCCACAAAUUCCCGCAUGAGGCCCCCCGUUCUCAUCAAAUACGGGCAGACAAUACCGCGAUUUGGGGUUACGCGGUCAGAACAGGGCCGUACACAGAGGUGGGGCAGCAGGGCAGUUGCCCCCCCCCAGAGAAAUCUAAACUUGCAAUGUUCAAAUAAACGCAAAUAAUAAAAAAAUUAUUUGGCUAGUUCAAGCAUUUGAAAUUAAAGAACGUGUUAGAUAUGUGAUGUAUAGUGUGGUGUAAAAUAAAAUAAUUGAAUUUUAUUUUAUUUAUUUUGUUCAUAUAUUUAAGGCUUAAAAUUUAAGCGAUUUAGAUUUUAAUUGUACUCUUUCGAGGUAACUAGGUACCAGACUACCAACCAGCAUCAAAUCUUUCGGCCGGCCGCCAUAUUUGAUAUUGUAUUGAUUCACGCUCGAAAUCUCAUAAGUCACACUCGAAUGCUCUUCAGUUAUUUUAAAAUUUAUAUAUAAUGGAGCCAAAUGCUAAAAGGCAAAAACCUCGUCAAACAACUCUGUUAUUUAAACUAGCCAGUGCUAGUUCAACCAGGUAUAAAGAAUAUAAUUUAUGUGCUUUGAUAUUUUUGUUCUGUGACUUUCCGACUUUGCAAGUUGAAGUUUUAUUUGCUAAAUAGUAUUAAAUAAAUAUCAUGCUGAAGUGACUGUAAAGUGAACCAGGAUUAUAAAUUAAAUAUAAAUAAAAUAAGAUCAUCUGCUACUGCUAGUGCUGGACAUUUAUAUUAUAUGAGUAUUUCUGUACAUGUAAUUGCUUUGUUCUGAAAAUUGUUAUAAAUGAAUUAACAUUUUAAUUUUAUAUCAUAUAUGUAAUAUAUAUUGUAAAUACAGGUAAAUGGUAACGCAGCUUCGCAGCAAACUAACUAAGCCUAUAAUCUAAUAAUCCCUAUAUAUUAUAAACCAACAUAUUCACAUGUGUGUAUUUGCUGCACUGCAAACUACCUUGAUUAGAGUUUGGAUUCUUGAUUAAUAAAUUUUCCAAUGUUUAUUUUAGUAUUAAUUCUUUCACAUUUAUGACUUAUGUAUGGUUUAAAGUUAAUAACUAAGUAACAUAUUUUGGUUCUCCCUUUACAAAAUUAUCAACAUGGUAUAAAUAAUAAAUAGCCAUUGAAAAUUCAUGCUGAUACACGCAUGACACAUUGAAAUGUUCUUUUGCCUUAUUGGUGUAGUGUUGAACCUGAAAGUUCUAUUCCUCCUGAACCUUUACCACCAGUUAAUGAAAGCAGUCUGACUUUUGAUUCUCCAAACAAGGAACAAUACCUCACCUGUUAAUGAUAUCAAUGACCCUGCCAAUUAUAUUUCCAAAAAGCUUUCUGAUGAUGACAAGUUAUCUUUUCUGAAAUCAAAAUCUGACUUGCCCCAUAACUUUGAAUGUCCUGUUACAGCUGGUAGGAAAUUCAAAUCAUCUUGGAUGCAACAGAGGCCAUGGUUGAGGUAUAGUAUUACAAAGGACAGAGCAUUUUGUGCAUAUUGUAUAUGCUUUGGAGGAAAGAAGAACAUUCCAGGGAAUACCUCAUGUUCUUCAAAUUUGUCCCCAUUCGUGUCAUGUGGAUUUAGCAACUGGAAAAAAGCAACUGGAAAAGAUAACUACAUUGAUCAACACAUGUUAAGUGAAGCCCAUCAAACUGCAGAAUAAAUGGCCCAUUGUUUUCUUGCCACGUGUCAGCCAGGUAAAGAUAUUGUAGCGAAACUAUCUAAGCUUUUGUCAGAGCAACAAAUCCGUACAAAAAAGGGAUUAUUAUCUAUCAUCGAUGUCAUCAUCAAAUUGGCAAUGCGAGGAGCACCCUUAAGAGGUAACUGGGUUAAGAAAACUGGCGAAGAAAACGGAAACUUUAUUUUCUUUGUGAACUGGAAAUCAGAAUUUGACAAGGACCUGAAAGACCAUUUGGAACAUGCUCCAAAAAAUGCAAAGUUCACUUCGCCCCGCAUCCCAAACGAAAUUAUUUCACUGUGCGAGUCCAUAAUACGAGAGAGAGUAAUUGCCACGGUUCAAACAUAUUGGAGUGUAAUGGCCGAUGAAACAACGGAUGUUUCUGCAAUGGAACAAAUGAGUAUAUGCAUACGGUUUGUGAAUAGCAAUAUGGAAGUUUGUGAAGAGUUCUUGGGCUUUGUAAAAUUGACAAAGAUGGAUGCGCAGUCUGUUUUUGAUGUUUUUAUUCCAACCUUAAAAGGAUGGGGACUAGAUUUGACAGGACUUGUUGGACAAGGAUAUGAUGGAGCGGCCGUGAUGAGUGGAAGCAAUAAUGGUUUGCAGAAAAAAGUGUCUGAUGCUUACCCAAAUGCUGUUUAUGUACAUUGCCGUUCUCAUGUUCUCAAUCUAGCACUUGCAGGCGCUUGCACAGGUAUUGAUAGUGUUCGGGAUUUGUUUGACAAUGUAGCCAAGAUCACAAGUUUUUUGGGAGAUGGUGCUAAAAGAAAGGAAAUGUUUAAACAGAAUGCAGCGACUGAGGCCAAUGACGAAUUAACAGCCUUAUUAACAGAGAGUGGUAAUGAUGACAACGAGGAGGAGGAGGAUGAAGAUGAAAACGACGACGAUCAUGGCCUUCAUAAGUCAAAUAAGGCAAUCUUAAGAGGAGCGAAGAAGAAAACCGUUCCAAACCUUUGUCCCACCAGAUGGAGUUCAAGGGUGGAAACCCUAUCUGCCUUGAUGGCCAAGUAUUCGUCGGUCAUGGAACACUUGAGCAAAUCGCAGCCCAAAGCAAAGGGGAGCCGAGGCACAAUGCCCAAUCAUACAUUCGCCUAAUGGAAACUCCACAGUUUAUCGUAGCACUUGUUGUGGUUCAGUUCAUUCUGAGUUUUACAGCAGCAGUCACCAAAAUACUGCAGGCAAAAGAAUGCAAUCUUGGUGAUGCAUAUGAAGAAGUAAACGGAGCAAAAGAAUGCAUAAGAGCUUCGCGCGCAGAUGAUUCCUGGAUUAAACUGUGGGGAAAAAUUCAGUCGAUAGGAACAGCGCUUGGGAUUGAAAUAACUAAGCCACAAACUGCGGUAAAUCAACGCCACCGUGCAAAUGCUGGUAACGCCAACCAAACAAGUGAAGAUUAUUACAGAAUCAAUGUCUACUAUCCUUUUAUUGAUCGUGUUGUUGAAGAGAUUGAGACAAGAUUCAAAGUCCAGCACAAAGGAUUAAUUGCUGCUCAGUCUCUUGUGCCUGUAUACUUGGAUAGACUAACUGAUUUAAAUAAGAAAGAUUUGAAAGAGUUUUUUGGAAAGUACCUAACUUUCUGCGAAGAAAACAGCCUUGAUUCAGAAAUUGUCAGGUGGAAACGAAAAUUCGCCGAUGUUCCUCUCAAGCAGAAGCCUAAAACUGCAUACGACGCAGCAGUGAAAUGUGAUGCUACAUUUUAUCCAGUGAUCAAUAAAAUCUUGACAAUUUUUUUGACAAUUCCGGUUGGAAGUGUGUGCUGCGAAAGGUCGUUUUCAGCACUCAGACGGCUCAAACUGUGGACGCGAGCCUCGAUGAAUGAAGAACGUUUAAGUGGACUGGCAAUGCUCAUGAUUCAUCGAGACAGUCUGUGUAUCCCAAGGCCAGAAGAUGUGUAUGCGCGGAAAGCCAAUUGGCGCUUAUGA